CUGUUUGUGAGGUACUUCGAUGGUGACGUUUUUAAAGAGGAGUUGUUAUGCCUUUUACCACUGACAACCAGCACUACAGGUGAAGUGAUUUUCGCUGCAGUUUGGAGUUUUUUUGAAGAGAAAGGUUUGGAUCUAGGUAAGAUCAACCUUCUCGUUACCGAUGGCUGCCCGUCCAUGAUUGGGAAAGAAAGGGGCUUUGCAUCUCGCUUAUGUGCAGAGCAUCCCACAGUGAACACACUGCAUUGCAUCAUACAUCAAUCAGUUCUGUGUGCGAAAUUGUCAGGGGAGUUGAAAGAAACAAUGGAGACUGUCGUAAAAAUUGUGAAUCAUAUUCGCUCGACGUCAAGUCUGCAGCACCGACUGUUCAAAAUGCUGCUUCAAGAGCAGGAAGCCGCAUACUCAGACCUAUUGCAACAUAACGAUGUCCGCUGGUUGAGCCGAGGACGUGUUCUCGAACGUUUCUUUGCACUGCGAAAGGAGGUGAGUGAAUUCCUCUCAAGCCAGAAAUCAAGCAAAGCUAAAGACCUACUUGCACGCAUGCAAAAGCCGGAUUUCAUUGGACAGAUUGCCUUUUUGUGCGACAUCAUGGGCCACCUAAACACACUCAACCUGCAGCUACAGGGGGGAGGGUCAAGUGUGGCUGAGAUCAUUGAGAAGGUUAGUGCGUUUCGGGUGAACCUGGACCUCUUUCUACCUGACGUAAUGGGGAGGAAGAUCCACUUCCCAACACUACGCAACGUCCCCGUGAGCAGCGCAGCAAUGGCUGGAAUGAAGGGACUUUUGAAAAGCUUGGCUGAAAACUUCUCAGAGCGAUUCAACGACUUCAAGAUUCCAAAACAGGUUCUUUUAUUUGUGCGCAAUCCAUUUGCGGUCGAUGUUUCCGGGUCCUGUCCAGCCGAGGCGAAAGCCGUGAUGCCCGGUAUUGACGAGGCUGCAUUCCAGCUGGAGUUGGUGCAAAUUCAGAGCUCUGAUGUGCUGAAAGCAAAAUUCGGAGAAGAGGGACUGUGCGAGUUUUGGGCUCAUUCUACUCAUCAGUUUCAUCACUGCCGGAGACUGGCUAUCUACCUGUUAACCAUGUUUGGAUCUACUUACAUAUGCAAGUCCGGAUUUUCGACAAUGAACUUGAUAAAGAAUCAACAUCGCAAUCGACUCACGGAUGAACAUCUCAACCAGUGCAUGCAGCUUGCUCUGACCUCGCACCGACCUGAAUUCAGCAAACUGGCUAUGGCUCGGAAAUGCAACUUCUCACACUGAUUUGUCAGUAGGAGACUGGCGGACAGACGGAAAGACGAACGUUACGCCAGGACGAGAAUCCAGACCCCUGCCAGUUAUCAUUUGCCCGUUGAGGGAUUGUUCUGUUUUAGCCACCUCGGGAACCUUGUGUGAAAUAAAUAUCCGUUUACCCGACUGCGUCUCGCUCUCCCUCCUUAUAUUCCGCAGCAGACCACAAAUCUGCCACAGUAGCCUACAUUACUAUUUUGGUUGCCUAUUUUACUA